GGAAGAUCCGAAAACCCCAGGAACUCUCCUCAAUAGCCUUAGACCAUUGAGAAUGAAAGAGAGCCCCGAGUGAGCAAAAGCGAACCGCUCACCGUCCCUGUCUGCUAUGCCUUUUCGUGACCCUGGAAACAGAAGGGGAAUUCUUAUAAAUCACAAAGGAAAAUAAAUAACUUCACCCAUGGAGGAAAAGAGACAGCUUGAGAAAAGGGACUUUGGAAAAAGGCUGUCUCUAGACAGCAGUCUUGUGGAACACAUGGACUCUAAUAAAUAUAUUGAGCAUCUGUUAACUCAGCUCGAGGAGCAGAACAAAAGUCUCUGGAGGGAGAAGUUGGCUGUGGCCCGUCUGCAGCGAAAAGUUGCCCAAAGAGAGAAUGAGGAGGCCAUACAUGAGAAGCUGAUACAUGAUUUGGAAGAGGAGAGACACUUACGUCUUCAGAGUGAGAAGCGUUUGCAGGAGAUGACAUUGGAAUCUGAGUGCAACAGAAUUCAGAUGCGUGGCCUGCAGCAGCAAUUCUCCAGGAUGGAAGAAACAGUGCGGAAUCUAUUGCAGAUUCAAGGACGUCCAGAACAGAAAAAAGAAGAAACUGUUAAUAUAAUGGUCUAUCAGGAAAAACCAUCAGAGGAAGAGAGAAAGCACAAGGAAGUUUUGGAAGAUCUUCACAUGGUAGUGGAUGAGAAUUCGAGGAGCGAAAGCAGCAGCACAGAGGAGGGAAAAGAAAAGACCAAAUUGCUGUUAGAAAGGUUGAAAGCUCUUGAGGCAGAAAAUUCAGCAUUGGCGUUGGAAAAUGAAAGUCAAAGAGAAGAGUAUGAGAGGUGCCUGGAUGAGGUAGCCAACCAAGUUGUUCAAGCUCUACUAACUCAAAAGGAUCUAAGGGAAGAAUGUGUGAAGUUGAAAACAAGAGUCUUUGAUUUGGAGCAACAGAAUCGAACAUUAAGCAUUCUUUUCCAACAACGAGUCAGGCCAACUUCUGAUCUUCUCUUCCAGAAACUUCACUCACGAAUCUUAGAUCUCUCAUCUGGAGAUUUGCUUUCAGAGGCAGAACGCGGAAGUCUGACACGGUCACGGACUGAUGUUAGGAUGCACGAAUGCCAGCUGAAUACAAAAUUAGGAGCCCCUGCUUUGCGGUGUCAUGGCUUAGGGGUUGUCAUCCCUGGUCAUCUUUGUCCCCGAAAUAGCUGCAGUAGCAGUGAUCUGUCUCUUUCAAGCACCUGCAGUGAGUACUCCAGUGGCUCCUCCAACACGUGGCACGACAGCAAGAGCCUCAGAAAACGGCAAUCAUCACACAACUGGGAUAAAAGACUAAGUAUAGACUCUUCACUCCCAAGCGGCUUUGCCAGUCCUACAGAUGAACUACCUCCAACCCGGAUCAAGGAAAGCCACAUUUUGGAAGGACUAAGAAAGCUACAAAAGAGAAGAGUGUUCCUUGAACCCCCUUCAGUGAUAACCAAAUGGGGUUAUAAAGAUUGCAUGAACUCAAAUGAAGGAAUCUAUUCUCCAGGUAUCAAGAGUAGCAGCCUCCAAGAGUAUCCAGCUCCCACACCAGCUGGCACAGGGCCUCCUUGCUGGCAAGCCCACAAAACAUUUGUUUAUGACACAGAUUCCCAUGAUGAUGCAGAGGAGGAUGCUUUCUCCUUGGCAAAUCAGACCUUCAGGCCCCAUGGCUGUAAACUAACCCACAGUGUCUCUGACAGUCUUUUUGCCUGGGAGCUGAAUGGAAAAUACUUUUCAGAUGGCAUCCCCUCAGUUUACUGCAGGGAAAGGCCAGAAAAGCUGACCAGUUGUACCAACAACCAUCCCUGGGAGAAGCAGUUGUGCCCGACGCAUCAGGAAACUCAGUCUGAGAGAGAGUGGGGCCUGGACAGCCAGGGCCAUGUGACUCUCAAUCCCCAGCUUUCAGAUACUGAUGACAAUGAAACCCUCGAUGAGUUGCACAUAGGAAGCAGUGAUGAGAAAAGCCCUUCAGACCUGUCCUUGGCAGCCGACACCGACAAGUCCACAGAGAACCUGGACACUCUUGUGGAACUUGGAAAAUCUCAAGCUGGGUCUCCUGCUGAGGAGGAAAAACCAAUGACCAUCCAGUGUGACAGUAGGCCAAAGACAUUUAGCUUCAUUAAGCAGCAAAAGGUUGUCAGAAGGACUUCUUCAGAAGAAUGUAUUACUGUAAUAUUUGAUGCAGAAGAUGGUGAACCCAUUGAAUUCAGCUCUCACCAGACUGGCAUUGUUACUGUGACCAGAAAUGAAAUCUCAGUCAAUCAAGCCCCUACAGGACCCAAGGCAGAACACACUGAACUUUUACCUCAGGGAAUUGCUCAUUCACAGCCAGAAGCUGCUACAAGAGACUAUGCUUUCUUAAAGAGAACUGAGGAAGAGAAGGAGAAAAACAUUCCAAAAGAUGAUGUGGACAAUGUUGCCGCCACGUCCCCAGACUCAUUCAGCUCCAGGACAGCAGUGCAAAGUGUUCAGCGACAAAAUCUGACCGAACCAACACACCAUGGGUCAUGCCAGAAUAAUUCUAGAUCUUUGGUGGCCACGGGACUCUGUCAGAAGCAAAUUACAAAAAUUCCUGCCCGAGGUAAGACUUCACCUCAGAAAUCAAAAAUAAUGGAGCCUGAUGCCACCACAAGAAUUCCCUCCUCUGUCCCAGUGACUCUUGAAAAAUCACCACCUUUAACUCCUGGAAAACUCUCACGGUUCAAAAAGAUGGAGAGUUUGACACCCCUCUUUGAUUUAAGGUCAGACUCACACAUUCCAAAGCACCCUGCACAACCUCCUCAUGACUCCAAAAUGCCCAGCAGGAAAGACUGGUCCCAGCACUCCAAGAGCCAGAUUCCAGCAUCACAGUUGUUAUCACGGUCUCUCAAUGAACCCAGUGAGGAUGGAGAACCCCCCACAAGAGAUAAACACUGUGACCCUGAGCCAGAGGCAGGCCUUAAUUCCUCUGUGCCUCCACCCCCUCCAGGCAGGUCAGUCUCCCUGCUCAUCAAACCCAACUAUGAGUAUGUCUCCCCACCUUCAUCCGCAAAGCUUGAAACCAGGGUCCCUAAUGAAACAGUGGGGAGCGGAUUCAAAUCCCCCCUUCUGAAAGGAUCUUCUGCUCCUGUUAUCUCUUCCAAUCAGACCAUGACAGAAAUACAGGCAAAGAAACCCUCCAUGGCCUUCAGAAAGCCUCUUUCCACUCAUCCACUGCCCUCCACAGAAACGGGGAUUCAAACAAGAAGCUCCACACAUACCCCCUCUGGCUCAUUUGCUGUGAUGGCUGCAGCACCCUCAAAGAUUUCUCCAAAGAGAGGUGUCCCCAAAACCCCACUGCACCUAACACUGGGGACCACACAAAUAGACAACACAGGGAUACGGACUCCCAAGAAUUGCCCUUCAGCUCACGAGCCACUGGAAACACCAUCCUCCAAAAGUGCGCCUCCAGGAAGAAAGACUCAGUCAAACAACAGCAUCGCCACAUCACCCAAGCCUUCCUUCUUAGGGGCACAUGAGGCUCCAUCAUCUCAGGGUAACUGUCUCUCACCAUCGCCAUCCUCUAAAAGCCAUAGUACCCCACCUGGUUAUCAAAGCACUCAUGAGAAAGGGCUGAAAACCCGCCUUCCGGUUGGACUUAAAGUUCUCAUGAAGUCUCCCCAGUUGCUCAGGAAAAGUUCCACAGUGCCAGGGAAACAUGAAAAAGACAGUCUAAAUGAAGCCUCUAAAAGUUCUGUGGCUGUGAGCAAGGCAAACACCAAGGACUUCAGGAGGUCCUCAAGCCCUGAGGGGACAGGGCCCGAAAGAAACGAUCCUUCACUCAGUUUCCAAGCACAAGAUGGUUUGACUGACAGGCUUCCUCUAGAAACAGCACUGCCAGAGUCACCGGUAAGUAACCUCCCUGGUAGCGAAGAGAAAGAUGUGGUUGAAAACCUGUCAGUGAAAAGAUCUCUUUCCUCUCACAAGCCACACCUGAAACCAGCCUUAGGCAUGAACGGAGCCAAAGCUCGCAGUCAGAGCUUCAGCACUCACUCAGGAGACAAGCCCUCGGCAAGCCCCCUGGAAGGGUCAGGCAAAGUCCGAACUCAGAUUAUCACCAACACUGCUGAGAGAGGCAAUUCUCUCACCCGGCAGAGCUCCUCCACCGAGGGCUCUCCCAGCAAGAGCCCUGCAGCCCCCACAUCUGACAGUUUUCCCGUUGCUGGGAGAUCUCUGGGGCAUACGCCCUGCAGGCCAGGCCCCCAGGCAUGCACCAGUAGCUCCAGCAACCAACACGGGAGUCCAAGCAAGCUGCCACUGAGGAUCCUUCCAAAGUCAGAAGGGUUCCUCACCCCGCCUAAAACAGAAGAGCUGCAGACCUCCUCCCAAUAUGGCCCCAGUGUGGCCGUCCCUGAGGGACCGAUGAGCAGCCACUGUAGAUGCCCGUCCACCCCAGCAGACUGCCUGUACGCUCCGCCCAGUGCAGGGAAGACACAGCAGGCAGGCAAUUUUGAAACAAGCAGAACCUCCAAGACAGAAACUUCUGGAAGAUGUCCAGAUACUUCCACCACCAGGAGUGGUGCCGUGAGCCCAGAAACCCCCCUCUCGCCCACAAUCGAAGAAAAGGUCAUGUUGUGUAUUCAGGAAAAUGUGGAGAAGGGCCAAGUGCAAACAAAGUCCAGCUCUGUGGAAGCCAAGGCCAAGCCCGGGCCUUCUUUUGCCAGCUGGUUUGGGUUUCGCAAGAGUAGACUCCCCGCGCUCAGUAGCAGGAAAACGGAUAUCUCCAAAACCAAAGUGGAGAAGAAAGAAGCAAAAGGUUUGGGGUUUGCAAAUAAGCAGCUAAAAUCUGAGCGGAAGAAAGAGAAAAAGAAGUCUGAGCUACAGUGUGAGACAGACCAUGAGCUUAGCAGAGAUAUGGAGUUGGCUGAUACUCCAGACAGUGGUUUCCAAAGCAAAUGUAAACUGAAAACACCGCAUGACAUUUACAACCAAGUGAAGCUGGAACCAAAAACCAGAAGCAGCCCCGUUACUUGUUCAACAAAAGAUACCUUUAUGACAGAACUUCUGAACAGAGUUGAUAAGAAAGCAGCUCAACAGACAGAAAGUGGAUCAAAUAAUGUUUCCUGCAGGAGUGUGUUAAAGGGCAGUUCCCAGGCCUUCUGUCUCACUGGCAGUGCUGUCAGCACUCAAGGAAGCCACAAGAAAAGCAUCAAGAUCAAAGCGGAUAUGGAAAUCCCAAAAGACUCCCUGAUCAAAGAAGCAAAGGAAAAUUUGCAGGAGGAUGAAGAAGACACAGCAGCAGAUUCCUUAUUUCAGAGCCACAUUAUAGAGUCAAAUUGCCAGAUGAGGACAUUGGACAGUGGGAUUGGAACCUUCCCUCUCCCAGACUCGGGAAAUCGAUCAACAGGACGGUAUAUAUGUCAGCCAGACUCCCCAGAGGACCCCGAGCCCACCCUGUCUCUCCAGCCAGCCCUGUGUAGAGCUUCUUCCAUCAGAGCCCAGACCCUUGAACGAGAAGGGCCUUCCUCUGCAGACAGCCGGGGCUCUGAGGAAAACGUGAUUGUUCAUUCCACAUCCGACCCCAUCAUGACGACCAGAGUCAUACGACCACCUCAAAGUCGCCUCCCCAAACCAACCUCCUCAGGAAAAGUGGCAUCCCAAAAGCAGCCAGAAGCAGAGCCCAGGCCUCAUGCCUGCUCUUCAUUUGAAUAUGCUGAAAAUGCCAUGGCCAGUGAGCCUCUUCCAGAGAGGGGAGGUGACGACAGGGCUGCAGAGACCCAGAACAAGGUACCCCGGAUGUGUGCAUAUUCUGCCAGUGGUGGCAGUGAGAGUGAGAGUGACCCAGACUUUGGAAAUAAUGGUUUUGGAGCUGGAAGGGGAAAAUUAGUGAAAGCAAUGAAGAGCACCAUCCCAGAAAUUGAAACAAGUUGAAGAAACAAAAGAAGAUCCUGAGAAUAGAUUAUCUAAAAUUUCCCUGGAGUCAUUCAAUAAAUAUAACAGCAAUACUGUGAUUUUAUUAGAAAAAGAGAACUCUUCGAGCAAGGUUGAAGGACAAAAGGAAGAAAA